GAGCGGCGCUUUGCGCAGAGGCCCGUCCGGGCGGGGCUUGGGUCGGCGUUGCCGGCCUGGGUUUGUAGCUGAGGCCGGGACUCAAGCGCUGGGCCCGGAAGAUGGUACUGGGUGGAUGCCCGGUGAGUUACUUACUUCUGUGCGGCCAGGCAGCUUUGCUGCUGGGGAAUCUACUGCUGCUGCAUUGUGUCUCUCGGAGCCACUCGCAAAAUGCUACUGCCGAGCCCGAGCUCACUUCCGCCGGCGCUGCCCACCUGGAGGGCCCCGCUGGGGCUCCGAGCUGGGAAUAUGGCGACCCCCACUCUCCAGUCAUCCUGUGCUCCUACUUACCCGAUGAAUUUAUAGACUGUGAAGACCCAGUGGAUCAUGUUGGAAAUGCAACCGCAUCCCAGGAACUUGGUUAUGGUUGUCUCAAGUUCGGUGGUCAGGCCUACAGUGACGUGGAACACACUUUAGUCCAGUGCCACGCCCUAGAUGGAAUUGAAUGCGCCAGUCCGAGGACCUUUCUACGAGGAAAUAAACCUUGUAUAAAGUACACUGGACAUUACUUCAUAACCACUUUAUUAUACUCCUUCUUCCUGGGAUGCUUUGGAGUGGAUCGAUUCUGUUUGGGGCACACUGGCACAGCAGUAGGGAAGCUGUUGACACUUGGAGGACUUGGGAUUUGGUGGUUUGUUGACCUUAUUUUGCUUAUUACUGGAGGGCUGAUGCCAAGUGACGGCAGCAACUGGUGCACUGUUUACUAAAAAGAGCGGCGGCCAUCGUGACCCAGGGAGGCAGGUGAGAGUUCGGGCUCCUGAAUUCAUCCCUACAGGCUCAAAUGUUUUCUUUGAUAUCAGACUUGACCUUUCUUUUUCUCUUUGGAGGACAGGGGAUAAGGAGACUUCUUUGGACUUUGGAUUUUCAACCCAGAAUUUCCCUCAGACUAGAAAUGACAAGCAAACAGUGUUGUGGGACUCAAAUGUGUACCCUUCCUCAUGUACCAAACAUAAAAGACAGGGAUUAACUUUUUUUUCUUGAAUUGGAGUCUCACUCCGUCGCCCAGGCUGGAGUGUAGUGGC